AAAUACGGGCUUGGGCCUCUUUACUUUCGUAGAUAAAAUUAAAUUAAAUUUUUGUCCACGUAAUUUACUAAAAAUGGUAACAAAAUACAUCAAAUAUCAGAUCAAACGUACGAAAAAGGAAGACGUGGCCUGUGGUUGUAGCAUUUGGAGACACCCCCACACUCCCCGUUCUCAGCGGUGGUACAAGCAGUUAGCGCACGGAGGGCAGAGGAGGCUCCACCACCCAACAUCAUAGCAUUUGGAGACACCCCCCACUCCCCCCCACGCAGCUGUGGUAGAAGAAGUUAGCACACGGAGGCAGACUGCAGAGGAGGCUCCACCACCCAACAUCAUGGCGUUUGCGGUACAAGUGGGGUUACGACUUGUUAUACCCUUCACUCCCCCAUAUUUUUCCAAAAAUUUUUGUAUUAUUAUUGGAUGAUCCCCACCAAAUCAUUCUUUUUUGGAGAUGAUGUGCCACCGUUUCAUUGGUUGCUUGCUUACCAUGCCUUUGAAGUGGGUCCCGAAAGGGGUAAUUUGGUCAUUUCGUAAAGACGGGAAAAUACUUGGAGCCGGAUUGAGGAUUGGGAGUUGGGUAGAGCUACAGUGUUUACUGGAGCGAAAAUUUUGAGGAUAGUACACUCUGCACAGUGGAUCUGAGGGUGUGAAAGUGAAAAUGCGGAAGAAGACGGGGGCGAAGAUUCAGCUUCAUGACUAUGAAGUUUUCCUCGAGAAUCCUUACCGAUUAGACUGCACUAACGACCAUCUUAACCAGAUUAUCCAAAUGCACGGAUUCAUCAAACUACACAAGCGUCGCAAGGAGGAACUUUUGGAAGCAUUGAGCACCAUAGAUCUGAUGCAUCCACCAAGAUCCACUCUCAACGAGGGAUCAUCGCCGUACGAUUCGUCCCUCACCAUCGAUGAAGUGAACAAAGACCUGGAAGCUCUCGAAUGGCAGGAGUGCCCCGUUCAAUCCCUCCAAACCCUCGGUCCAUCCAUACCGACCAUCGACGCCGCCGGAAAUGACGUGUCCCCGGCCUUCAAGAUCACCGCAAAAAAGCCAAGAACGAAGAGAAGAAAGACGAGGCGCAUAAGCGAUCUGAGCCGUCGAUUUGCGUGAGGGUGAUCGAAUUUGGAUGAUUGAAUCUCAUCCGUUGAUGAGAAAGGGAGUGUGUCUUUUAGUGUUUUUGUCGUGUGCGCCAGCUCUGUACAAGGAGAGUGGGCAGCUUUUUGGUAGGGGGGAGCGCACAUCUCAUGCCGCAUCGAACGGUGGCAGUGAGAUACUCUAUGAUUAUGUAGAGCAGAGGUGGGGCACAGGGGGACGUGGAUCCUCUCCAUUAGUUUUCUGUCCAUAUUUGUAUAUUGAGUCAAAGGGCUUUGGAUUUACUACCCACCUUGACAAUACCUUUCACUGCAAUAGUAGGCCAUCUUCUAGACCCUGUGCAAAAAGUUCAUAGCACCCAAACAAAUAAAUACAAUUACUUGUAAGCUUUUUAUUUGGAACUAUUGGGAUAUAUUUAUAUAUUAUUCUUUACC